AUGAAACUGGCUACCGACAUAGUAAAGAAGGAAUUAGCCAAAUACGGCAAAUCGACAUCUAUAAGAGGCGUUCCGAAAUGUUUCACAUCCAGCGACAGAGUUCUGAUCAGUCUGUGGAUCAUCUCCCUAACAAUUUGUACCAUAGUCUUAAUUUUUCUAUUGUCGACUUCCUUCGAAAAAUAUUUUUCUUGGCCAACAAUGACUCAAUUCGGCGAAACAAUUGGUGAAGACCUAGCGUUCCCCGACGUAACGUUCUGCAAUAUUGAUGUAUUUGCAGAUGAAAACGCCAAAAAAUACUCGAUAGAGAAAUAUUUCGAAUUCGUAAGGUCAAACAAAGGCCAAAUCAAAAAAUUGGUUAAUCAUAAAGAAAACUCCUCCAUAAAGGUAAAGCGAGACGUUUAUGAAAAAUUUUAUUCCAUACCUGGCUACAUCUCAAAUCUGCCGAAACAUGACGGAAAGGGAAAUAAAAGCUGUCCAGAAUUCAUAGUCAGUUGCAGCGUGUUCACUCUAAACUGGCUCAGCAGUGACUUAGAUUGUGCCAAUAAUUUUUUAACCAUCUGGGAGCAAAACUACUAUACCUGCUACACCCUGAGAACCAGUAAACUAAACAAAGAAAAUAACAUAACAAUACGAGGCUUGUCGCUUGUGUUGAACGUAGGACCUCCAAACUUCUAUCAACUACCAUUGAGAUCGACAAUUGUUGGCUCGCAGACGCGAGGAGUUCAGGUGAGCGUGCACAGUCCUGGCUCCUCCCCUGACCUAAAACGGGGCUUCAGCGUGGCACCUGGCACUGAGAAUGUCGUCACCAUCGUUCAGACAAGUAGAACGAGACAGAACAAACCAUAUAAUACGCUAGGUUGCACGAGUUACAAAACUGUUCCCUUACUGCCGACAGAGAAGUAUCAUCGAGACUUGUGUAUCGAGACUUGUAAACAAAAACUCAUUGAAAAGAACUGCGGAUGUUUGUCCCACUACCUCUACAUACCUUCAUCUUUUCUCGAUCCAGUCAAAAUUUGCCGCAACUUCAGUUUCGACGAAAAUAACUUCUCCUCUAAAAGUUCCUUCAACAAGUCGAAAAUGGAAGACGUGAUAGACAGUUACCUGUGCUCUAUGAAGUAUGUCGACACGAGCACAUGCGACGGAGACUGUCUCAUACGUUGCGAGAAGACGGUCUACGACACAUAUAUCGCAACGUCCCCGUGGCCGCAACCGGCGCUGCAGCUCAGCAUAUUCGGCAGGUACAUCUUCAACUGCACUCGAACAGACGAACGAGUUAGGCAGAGAUACUCAAAAUACCUGCAACUCUACUACGAUUUUUUAAGUAAUUCAGGUCAAAAUUUCACUGAACAUUCAGAACUGAAGCAAAUUCAAGAGUCAUUGCUGGUUGUCAAGUUGGUAAUGAAGGAUACGUUCCCAUUAUUUUUAAGAGACCAGCCGGCUAUAACAUGGGACGCCAUGUUUGGAAUCAUAGGGGGAACUCUUUCUCUCUGGCUUGGCAUCACAGUUAGCACUGGUGUUGAGCUGAUCGAGUUGAUUUAUUUGAUCGUUAAAAACUAUUUGACAAGUAAGAAGGAAGGUGUUGGACAAAAUGAUGGCAAAAUGUGA